AUGCUAGAGUGGGUGCCACGGUCUGACGCCAUGGCCGGCCUUGUGCCGACCUACGUUUGUGCCACGGUGGGCACCACGUCCUCCAAUGCUGUUGACCCCAUAGGUGACGUCGCCAAAGUCGCGGCUAUGUUCAAUGCAUGGGUCCAUGUCGACGCCGCCUACGCCGGCAGCGCGUGCAUUUGCCCAGAGUUUCGGCACCACCUCAACGGCGUCGAGCGCGUAGACUCCAUAAGCAUGAGCCCGCACAAGUGGCUGCUCACGUGCCUGGACUGCACCUGCCUCUACGUGCGCGACGCACACCACCUCAGCCAGUCGCUGGAGACUAAUCCCGAGUACCUCAAGAACGAUGCCAGCAUGUCCGGCGACGGCACUGACCUCAAGGACAUGCAGGUCGGAGUCGGCCGCCGCUUCCGUGGCCUCAAACUUUGGAUGGUCAUGCGAACCUACGGCACCGCCAAUCUCCAAGAGCACAUCCGCAGAGACGUCGCCAUGGCCAAGAUGUUUGAGGACUUGGUCCAUGCUGAUGAUCGGUUUGAGAUCGUCGUGCCGAGAAACUUUGCUCUCGUCUGCUUCAAGAUCAAGGCGACUAGAAUUAGGGCGAACGACGAGGUGAACCGUUUGCUCAUGGUAAACGUGAACAAGACCGGCAAGGCGUACCUUGCGCACACAGUGGUAGGUGGCAGGCUCGUCCUGCGCUUCGCCGUGGGAUCGUCACUUCAGGAGGAGAGACACAUUUUGAGCGCUUGGGAGCUCAUCAGGAAGACGGUCGGUGAGAUGAUGAAGUGA